UAUUGGACCGACCUUGAUCUCCUUGGAGUCUUAAGUUAGAGACAUCUCAUGUUGUUGCUCCAAAGCUCCUUUUCAUUCACACAACCACCUGCUGGGGUUAUCUUCCUGAGGAGAGAUCCCUAAUGGAGAGUUUUCUUUCUGCUGUCCUGGGUGAGCUGGCCUCUAGAUCCAUAAAUUUCUUCAUCAGCAGAAGCUCCAAGCCGAAGGUGCUGGAGGUCGAGGACAGACUGAAAAGGGCUCUCCUCAGGGCUCAGGUAAUCGUCAAUGAGGCCACAGGACGGAACAUCACAAACCAAGCUAUGCUCCAGCAGCUGGACAUGCUGAGAAAUGCCAUGCACCAGGGAUGUUACAUGCUUGACACCUUCAGAUACCAAUAUCAUGGUGUGGAGGAUGCCAAAGAUCACGUUGUGAGUCAUUCUCUGUCUCCCUCUAAACUAAGUUCUCUGAAAGGAAUUGGUUCUUUCAAUAGAAAGACGCUGCUCUUAGAAAAAUUGCAAGAGGCCCUUGACAAUUUGAGUUUUAUGAUCCUUGAUGUGAAAGAGUUGGUUGUGAUCUUGCUGAGCUAUCCUCGCCGGUACCGCCAACCUUACAGCAUGCAUUUCCUGCUGGGCAACUGCAUGUUUGGCCGCCAGAUGGAGUCAGAACUUGUCAUCAACUUCCUCUUGCACACACAGCGUGAUGGUUCUAAAGAAUUGGAGGUCCUGCCAAUUGUUGGUCCUUGUUUAGUGGGCAAGAGCACCCUUGUUGCUCAUGUUUGCGAGGAUGAAAGAAUCCGCGAUCACUUCUCAGAAAUCCUGUUCUUACACGGCCAUGAUUUCACAGGUGAUGAUCUCGCUGCGUUAAGAGAAGGACGACAUGCAAUGGAAUAUCAAAACCAUGUAAACUUGAACGGAGAUAGAAGAUUACUGGUUGUUGUUGAGUUAGUUGGUGACCUCAACAAAGACGCCUGGAACAGAUUGUACUCUGCUAUGCAGCAUGUGCCAAGCGGUAGUAAGAUCAUAGUCACAAGCCGGUCCGACAAGAUUACGAAGCUUGGAACAACACAGGCACUAAGGAUGAAGUAUCUGUCAUGUGAAGCAUACUGGUGUUUCUUCAAGACCCUCACAUUUGGAAGCACAGAUCCCGAGAUGCACCCGAGGUUUGCACACCUGGCCAUGGAGAUAGCCAGGAUGUUGAACGGAUGCCUCAUCGGUGCAAACAUGACCUCUUGUAUGCUGAGGGACAACUUUGACAUCCGCUUUUGGUGUAAGGUUCUGGCAUUCUUGAGAGGGCUCAUGCAGAAGCAUGUCUCCAGAUUUGGUGGGCAUCCAUUUGAAGUCAUGAACCAGAAUAGACCCGCUCAUCUUCGGAGGAUGGCUGCACCUUCUGAAGACUUGGUGCUUUAUCAUCUGCACCAGCACCCUUCACAGGAGGAGGUUCCAGAGAUCAAAAUCCUAGAUGUGCUAUAUGGAAGCGUUAAGCCUCGCGGAAAAUUUGAUGUCCUAGUGUGGAGGUCUCGCAUACCGCCCUACUAUAGCUAUUCCAAUACUUGCGAGAUCCGAGAGCUAAAAGUUACAGGUGCCAAGAGGAAGCGUGUGUAAAGUACUAGUGCAUCAUUGAGUUUGAUCUCU